AUGUCCUCCCUUCCCCUCCCGCUCCCCUCGUCCCCCCUUCCCCUCUUCAUCCCCCUGCCACUCACACCCCCCCUCAACCCCCUCCCCCUCACGCUCAUAGACAUCCUAACCCUGCUCCUCCUCCCACUCAUCCUCCUCGAAUUCACGCGCAUGAUGGCAGUGCUAGACCCGCUUUUGGACAUCGUUUUCGACAUGGGGGCGUGGCGACGCUUGCCCGGUUGGGCUGUGGACGCUGGGGCGGCCUGGUGCGCGUGUUGGUGUCUUGCGAGACGGGGGGAGUGGUGUGCUUGUGUUGAUGUGCUGGUGGGGGGUGUGGAUGUUGUGGGGGAGGGGUGGGGGAAGAGGGCUUGA